AUGCCGUUCGUCGAGGUCACCUCUAGUACUGGCAAAACAAAAUUCAAGUACACCAUCUGUACUCCAAGCUCUGAAGAGGCCAAGGAGAUUGAUGCUGGGCUCCCUACGAUUUUAUUCCUUCACCCCGUCUCCCUGGCGGAAUAUCUAUUCACAGGUCAAUUUAGCGAUCAGCAAUUAAGGCGAUGUAACUUGGUCUCCUUCGAUUUAAGGGGGCAUGGAAAUACAUUUGGAGACAGUGCACCGUGUGACUAUGGGCAGGUUGAAGCAGCAGAAGAUACGAUUCAACUAAUGGCGCUUCUGCAGAACUCAUUGAACCUACCACCCUGCCACCUGGUUGGGGUGUCCUCAGGCACGAUUAUUGCCCUGCAGUUGGCGGUAACACAACCCCAGCGUAUUCUGUCUAUGUUCCUAAUUUCUCAGUCGUGCACUGAAAUGCCAGCAGAAGUGGCAGGUGGACACCACGAAAUACUGGACCUAUGGACUUGCGCUUUCCCCGACAAAACGACGACAUUGCCGGAAUUGAUUUCUGAUGCCGAGUUCGGACAACGCCAAUACCUCUUCACGGAACCAAAAUUGUCUCCUCUUGUUGAUGCCAUUUUGUCCCUAACAUCCAAAGUUGCCAAAAAGAGGUGGUGCUAUCCGUUUUUGGACCAGUACCAAAUCCUGAACCAUGAUUUUAAUGUCAAUCGUUCAUCUACUUCGCAGAUGGCUCUAGCCCAGAUAACGAGCCCUGUCAUCCUCGCGUAUGGAUCUGGUGAUGUGGCAUAUCCGCAGAUAUAUACGGAGCAGUUUCUCCAUGAGCUCCUGGAGGCUGGGGUUGACGCCUCACUAUUGGUCAUCAAGAAUGCCCCACACUGUAUGAUUCCGGAUUACUCGAAAAAGUAA